AAAAGAGAUCGUUCCUAAUUGGAUUCUUUGCGUCCAACAGCUGGCUUGCAUAUAUUGGCUGUAGCACAAGAUUUCAACCGCAUUUCCCUGCUCGUUGACACAUCUCAUUUUGCCGCGCUGACGAUGCCCAGUGCCUUUGAGAGGCAUGGUCAAGCUUCAAAUUCGUCGACGUUGGUGAUGCGUUUCGAGCAGUGCUGCUGAAGUCAGCACUGUGUGAUCCUACCUCUUGUUUGUUCGGCGGGUUGAUCACGUGGAAGAGGAGUCCAGGAUGGCUGCCAAACGAGUGUCAAGAGCCCUAGCAGUGAUGCUCCUGGUGCAGUCCCUUCUUGGAAGAGUAGCGGCGGACGCUCGACAGGUGAAAUGGAGAAAUGCUCACGCGACGUUCUAUGGUGGAAGCGAUGCAUCAGGAACUAUGGGGGGGGCGUGCGGAUACGGUAACCUUUACAGCCAGGGAUAUGGAACGGAUACUACUGCCUUGAGUGCUGCUCUGUUCGACAAUGGAGCAAAAUGCGGAGCAUGUUUUGCAAUAACAUGUUACCGAUCAAGGUGGUGUUUGCCUGGCAAACCUAUACUCCAAGUUACGGCCACCAACUUUUGCCCGUCGAAUCCCAACCUACCUAAUGACAAUGGCGGCUGGUGCAACCCUCCUCGUCGCCACUUUGACCUGGCGCAACCUGCCUUCACUCAGAUUGCUAUUUAUGAGGGUGGUAUUGUCCCAGUGCUGUUCAAAAGAGUUCCCUGUAAGAGAAGUGGACCAAUUCGAUAUACAAUAAACGGGCAAAGGUACUUCAAUCUGGUACUUAUAAGCAACGUAGGAGGAGUAGGUGAUGUGAGCGCUGUCUCAGUAAAAGGUGCUAACUCAAACUACUGGGAACCGAUGAGACGGAAUUGGGGUCAGAACUGGCAGAGUGACACCAUUCUCGUCGGGCAGUCUCUAUCCUUUCAGGUGACUACCAGUGAUGGCAGUACUGUAACCGUACUGGAUGCGGUUGCUUCUAACUGGGAAUUUGGUCAAACAUUCGAGGGCGGUCAGUUCUCAUGAAGUUAACGCCUCUAUCUAUCUUGAUGUGUCCUAAGCGUUCCCACCCGUUAUCGAUGUUGAUCAGUGAGGAUUCGCUCGCCUCACUGCAGAACUGAUGAACUGAAGUCUGUCGUGCCACGCCCGUGUGCCUGUUUACUAGUGUGAAAUAUUAGCGUAUAGUUCCUCACCUCAGCCAAAUUCUUUGUCCCUUAAGCGGAUGCGGUUCUGCUCUAGAAGUACGAACAUUUCCGAGAGAACCAGAGGGGUGGGAGCUCCUUCUUGUCUUGUUUUGGCCUGGUUUAUAAUUGCUGGGCUUCCGAUCACGUCCUUAACGAUAGAAACCAGAGCAUUCAGCUCACUUUGUUCUGACUUAAUAGAGAAAGGUGAUAUCAUGCAAACGUCAAGGAACACCCGCAAUAAAGCAAGUCAAAAUGGUCUGAAUUUAACAAGGCCGCUGACGUAGAUGUAGAAAAGGUGUCGUCGACUUCUGUUGACAGUAAAUUGAGGUGGUCAGAAAAUUCAAUGUGAACUGUUUCGAUGAGAUUUGUCACGACAUGUUGACAAGUUGAUGGUCUCGCCUUAUACCUGGACACUAGGUAUAUUGCUCACAAUUUAUUCCUAUUUCAUCGAUGCCGCAAUCGAUGGGAUUAUAGAGACAGAUUUUGUAAAUCUGCCAAACAAGGUAGACGACCUUGCAUCAGAAGCCUGAUGCAAUAAUUUUGAACAUUCUAUCUCUCAUCUAAGCUAUAUUUAUGACUAUUUAUUACACUUCUAACUUUGGCUCCCACCUAGAAUUCGGAGGUACGGCCGGCCUUUUUUCUCACUGGACCAUAUAAGUAAAAGCGCCUGCAUAUGUAUUUAGAUAUCAGUUCUUUUCUGGAACAUGGCACACACGCAUGUACUUGCGCUGAGCGCCACUAAACAGGAACUGGCACGCAAGCGUCGCCAACUUCAACCUUGUCCUCUCUUAUCCAUACGCCUCUUCCGUGCAUUAUUAUGAUCUUUCGGAGAUUAACUAACCUGCUGGCCGCGAUGUGGAUGAGGUUUCACAAUCUCUGACUUUCCACUUCUCUUUUUCCUUCCUUUUUCCGCUCGCGAAGAGUUUGGCAUUUUGCUCAGCUUGCUCAGGUUCGGAACUUUUGUAUCAAACUAUUUUUUCUUAUACCAUGUAUUCCUUGUAGUUAAUUGACAUUUCAUUUAAGACAAUUUUUUCUUCAUAUGUU